AAUGGCUUUUCCAAGUCAAUUUUUAGUCUACUUUGUUUUCUUCAUCAAUGCGUUUGCUCUUAUUUCGUCCUCACUUGUUCCGAUUGUUUCUGAUUCGAUUAGAAGAAUUCGAAGUGAGCGUUAAGAGGGUGUGAAUGUUGAUCGAGGUUCAUAUUUCCCAGUUUCAUUGUUUGUGUCUCAAUUUGAUGCUGAGGGAGUUUGUGACUCAAGAUUUUUUCUGAAAAUGGAACCAGCUGGCUCUUCAAAGAUGAUCAAUCCUAAGAAAAUACGUUUCAAUGGUCUCAUUGAUCAGUUGUUUUCUUGGACUUUGGAAGAUAUAUCAUAUGAUGAUUUCUAUAAAGACAAGGUGCAAAAUAUUCCAGAAUCGUUUAACUCAGUGCAUCAAUAUCUUGCGUCUUAUCUCUUUCCUUUGUUAGAAGAAACAAGAGCAGAACUGUCUUCAAGUUUGAAGGCAAUUCAUAGAGCUCCUUUUGCUAAGCUGAUCUCUGUUGAGGAACGAAAAUCUAGCGGCAAAUUGUUACUAAAUGUCGACGUUGAUACUUGGAGAAAUACAACAAACAAUAGUAAGAAGGAGCCUUAUAGAACAUUGCCUGGGGAUAUCUUUCUCAUACUGGAUGAUAAGCCGGAAAAUGUUAUGAAUUUGCAAUGCUCAACAAGGACCUGGGCUUUUGCUUGGGUUCAAAACGUCACUGACAGUGGAUGCUCUACUCAUCUGAAACUUAAUGUAUCCAAAAAUAUCGGUGGUGAACAGGGCAUGACAAAAGAAUUCUUUAUUGUUUUUCUGAUGAAUGUCACAACCAACGUGAGAAUAUGGAAUUGUUUACACUUUUCUGAAGACUUGAAGAUUAUCAAGCAUGUACUUGGCAAAAAUUCAAUGGGUGAUGAAAUCUGUAACAAAUGCUCUUUGUCUAAUAAUGUUGUCUGUGCUGAAAAAUUGGGGGCAAGCUUAUCUUCUGUGUUGAAUGAUUCUCAAAAAGAAGCUGUGCUAUGUUGUGUCUGCAAGACACUUUGUGAUCAUAAACCUUCGGUGGAGCUUAUAUGGGGUCCACCUGGUACAGGAAAAACUAAAACUAUCAGUUUCUUGCUGUGGUCAAUUUUGAAAAUGAAACAAAGAGUUCUUGCCUGUGCACCAACAAAUGUGGCUAUUACAGAGUUGACCUCUCGAGUUGUAAAGUUGUUGAGAGAAUCAUCCAAAGAAGAUGGUGUGCUAUGCUCUUUGGGAGACGUGCUCAUAUUUGGGAAUAAGGAUCGGCUGAAAGUUAGUUCUGAACUCGAAGAAAUAUAUUUAGAUCAUCGUGUUGGCAAGCUUCUCAAGUGUUUUGGACAAUCUGGUUGGAAGUGUCAUAUUACUUCUCUGAUAAAACUUCUUGAAAGUAGCAAUUCUGAGUAUCACAUCUUUUUGGAGUCUAAUGUAAACACGAGCAGAAGUGACAAGAAGCAAGGUGAUAAUGGGGUUGAGGUUUCUUCAUUCCUUGGGUUCAUAAGGGAAAAAUUCAAAACUACCGCUUUGGCAGUCCGUGGUUGUCUUCAAACUUUGAUAACACAUAUUCCCAAACAAUUCAUCCUGGAGCAUAACUUUCAGAAUAUAGAGAUCCUUCUGAACUUGGUAGAUUCAUUUGGGACGCUCUUAUCCCAGGACAAUGUAACAUCAGAGCAAAUGGAGAUUCUGUUUUCAUGUUCAGAAGUAUUUAUGCGCUUCCCAGAUCAUUCAAUGGAAGCAACCUUCUUACACUUGAGGAGCCAGUGCCUCUCAAUUCUCAGAUUUCUUCAGGCUUCUCUGGAUCAACUUCAACUUCCAAGUACAGCAAACAAAAAAUCUGUGAAACAGUUUUGUUUCCAGAGGGCCUCUCUGAUUCUUUGCACUGCUUCCAGUUCAUUCCAAUUGAAAUCCAUGAAAAUGGACCCAGUUAACUUGUUAAUCAUUGAUGAAGCUGCACAGCUGAAGGAAUGUGAAUCGAUUGUACCAUUGCAGCUUCCCGGAUUAAAGCAUGCUAUUCUUAUUGGUGAUGAGCGCCAAUUACCAGCAGUAGUUAGUAGCCAGGUUUGUGAUGCAGCUGGAUACGGUAGAAGUCUUUUUGAACGGCUGAGUUUAUUAGGACAUUCAAAGCAUUUGCUCAACACACAAUACAGAAUGCAUCCAUCAAUAAGCUGCUUUCCAAAUUCCAAAUUUUACAGUAAUCAAAUUCUAGAUGCUCCUCUUGUCAAGGAUAAAGUACACAAGAAGCGUUAUAUUUCAAGUCCAAUGUUUGGUCCGUAUACUUUCAUAAAUGUUUCUGUUGGGAAAGAAGAAGGGGAUGAUGAUGGACACAGCAAGAAGAAUACUGUUGAGGUAGCUGUUGUGAUCAAAAUAAUUGAAAAACUUUACAAAGCAUGGAGGAAAGCCAAGACAAGGCUCAACGUUGGUGUAAUCUCUUUCUACGCUGCACAAGUUUCAGCAAUUCAGAGCAGGCUUGGACAUAAAUAUGAGAAGAGUGAUAAUUUUACUGUAAAAGUAAAGUCUGUGGACGGUUUCCAAGGUGGUGAAGAGGAUGUGAUCAUAUUAACUACUGUCAGAUCCAACAGGAGAAACAAUAUUGGGUUCAUCUCCAAUUCACAGAGAAUCAAUGUUGCUUUAACAAGAGCUAGACACUGUCUGUGGAUUGUGGGAGAUGCAACAACAUUGGGAAAUAGUAAUUCUGAAUGGGAAUCUGUAGUUUCCAAUGCCAAGGAUCGUCAAUGUUAUUUUAAUGCUGAGGAAGACAAAGACUUAGCAGAUGCUAUAAUAGAGGUCAAGAAAGUGCUCCUUGAGCUUGAUGAUUUACUCAACCAGGAUAGUGUACUAUUUAAACUUGUUCAGUGGAAGGUUCUUCUAAGUGAUUCUUUUAGGGCAUCAUUCCAGAAAGUGGUCUCGAUCAACCAAAAGAAGUCAAUUAUUGUUCUUUUGCUAAGGCUUGCCUGUGGCUGGCGCCCAGAAGCUAACAGCGUCUCCAAUCCCAAAUGUUCUAACAUAAUAAGUGUUAAAGUUGAAGGUCUGUUCAUAGUAUACUCAUUGGAUAUUGAGAAGGAUUUAAAGUACAAACAAGUUCUAAAGAUAUGGGAUAUCAAACCUUUGGCGGAUGUAAAAGUACUGGUUGAAUGCCUUUCCAACAUACAUGAGCUGUAUACUGAUGACUUUCUAAAUCUUUGUAAAGCAAAGUCUCAUAAAGGGGAUCUUGAGCUUCCAAUCACAUGGGGUGCUUCUCUUGAUGUUGUUAUCUAUAAGGAUCACAUGAAAGCUGAGCUCGAUGCCAUUUUAAGUUUGCAAGCUGACAGUGAUGACAUUAAGAAUGGCACUCUGAAAAAGAAUUUGCUGCAGAUGAAGUUUCAAUCUUUAUCCUAUCUAAAAGCAAAGCACUUGCUUUCAAGACAUGCUAGUAAAGAAUUGGAUCUCCCAUGUCAAGUGGAAGAUGAACAAUUGGAGAUAAUUCUUUUUCCAACCAGUGCCUUCAUAAUGGGAAGGCCUGAUUCAAGGAAAACUGCAGCUUUGACAAUAAAACUGUUCAUGAGAGAACGACAGCAGCAGAUCCAUUCCGGGGGAUGUAGUCAGGUAAUGAGAGAUAAUGCAGAAGUAGGUUAUCGAAAUGAUGGUGGUGAGGCAUGCAAAAAGAUCGAUAGGACUGUCCUGCGUCAGCUUUUCAUCACAGCCACUCUUAAACAAUGCCAAGCUGUAAAGGAGCACCUUUCGUACUUGAAAAGAAUUUCCAAUGGUGGGAACAUUUUAGAAGAGAACCAAAAAUUUAAAAAAGUUGGCGUGAUGGAUAUGGAUGAUGCCCAAGAUCUCUUGGAUGUUCCAAAUAGCUUCGAUGGUAUUCCAUUCAGCUCAUAUCCUCUUGUGAUAACAUUUCGAAAGUUCUUGAUAAUGGUUGAUAGAACUGUGGGAGAUUCAUUCUUGAUUAGAUUCCUGAAACAGUGGAAACUUAGUUGUGGCAAGCCCAGAGAUCCAUUAUCAACUGCUGCCUAUAAUUUUAUAGUAUCAAAAGAAGUAACUGUUAAAAAAUUUUCUUCAUUUUACUGGUCCUAUUUUGAUGGCUGUCUAACCAACAACCUCGAUGCUGUUGUGGUUUUCAAUGAAAUCAUUUCCCAGAUAAAAGGUGGAUUAGGAGCAAAGGAAACCCCUGAUGGUAGACUUAGUAAGCUAGACUAUACUCGACUUGCAAAGGGUCGGUCUACAUUAAGCAGGAAGCAAAGAGAAAGAAUUUAUGAUAUAUUUUUAGACUAUGAAAGGAUGAAAAACGAAAAAGGGGAAUAUGAUUUGGCUGAUCUAGUCAUUGAUCUUCAUCAUCGGUUGAAAUGUUCUCAAUAUACAGGUGACCAAAUGGAUUAUGUCUACGUGGAUGAAGUACAAGCUCUUACUAUGAUGGAAAUUGCUCUUUUGAAAUACCUGUGUGGAAAUGUCAGUUCAGGCUUUGUUUUUUCAAGUAAUACAUCUCAAACUAUUGCCAAGGGUAUUGACUUCAGGUUCCACGACAUAAGAUUUCUGUUCUACAAGGAAUUCAUAUCAAGAGUAAAAACCGAUGAAAAAGACAUUGGCGCAGGGUUAUUGAAAAUCCCUGACAUUCUUCAUAUGAAUCAGAAUUGUCAUACACAACCUAAAAUUCUUCAAUUAGCUAAUAGUGUUACAGAUCUUCUUUUUCGUUUCUUUCCUCACUGUAUUGAUAUACUGUGCCCUGAAACAAGUGAAAUGAGUUCUGGUAAUUUUGAAACUCCAGUUCUUCUUGAGAAUGGCAAAGGACAAAAUAUGAUGACACUAUUAUUUGGAGGGACAGGAAAUGUACCUGCAGAUACUCGUGAAUUUGGAGCAAAACAGGUCAUCCUGGUUCGAGAUGAGCAUGCCAGGGAUGGGAUCUCUAAUCUUGUACGGAAUCAAGCAAUUGUCCUCACAAUUAUGGAGUGUCAGUCCUUGGAGUUUCAGGAUGUUCUGGUGUACAAUUUUUUCAACUCAUCACCUCUGGGACAUCAGUGGAGCGUCAUAUAUCAAUACAUGAUCGAGCAAGACAUGCUUGAAAUGGCUCCCAAUUCUCCAAACUUCAAUCAACCAGUACAUAUGGACUUAUGUUGGGAAUUAAAGUUACUACAUAUAGCAAUUACACGUUCUAGGCAAAGAUUAUGGAUCUAUGAAGACAACCAGGAGUUUCCCAAUCCGAUUGUUGACUAUUGGAAAAAACUAUGUUAUAUUCAAGUCAAGACAUUGGAUUACUCGAUCAUACAAGCAAUGAAGGCCCCAAGUACGAAAGAGGAGUGGAGCUCGCUGGGGCUUGAGUUCUUUUGUGAGGGUGUUUAUGUGGCAGCAUCUCUGUGCUUUGAAAGAGCUGACGACAGACUUAAAAGAGAAUGGGCCAGGGCUGCUUCUCUUCGUGCAACUGCUUGCAUAUUGGAUGGUUCAAAUCCUCAAAUGGCUCGUAAUGCCCUUCAGGAAGCUGCUGAAAUUUAUAUUUCUAUGGAUCGUGCUGAGGUUGCUGCUAAGUGCUUCAUUGAGUUAAAAGAAUAUCAAACAGCAGCUUAUAUAUAUUCAAAAAAAUGUGGAGAAGCAAAGUUAGAAGAUGCUGGUGAUUGUUAUAUGUUGGCUGAAUGCUACGAAUUAGCGGCUGAGGCAUAUUCAAGGGGUAGAUUCUUCUUAAAGUUCUUGAAUGUCUGCACUGUUGCAAAUCUUUUUGACAUGGGGUUGCAAGUGAUCUGCAGCUGGAGGAAACAUUGUGAUGAUGAUGAUGAUCUGAUUGAAAAAUGUCUAGAUUUCAAAGAGAUCUGGCAUGUGUUUCUGCAGAAAGGCGCCCUGCACUAUCAUGAACUUCAAGAUUUUCGUUCCAUUUUAAAAUUUUUUGACAUCUUCGACUCCAUGGAUGAAAAAUGUUCAUUCCUUAGGACUUUAGGUCUCUCUGAGAAAAUAUUGUUGCUUGAGAAAGACGUAGAAGAUGCUACUAGUAUCAUAAUGAAGAAAGAGGGUAUUUCACUUGAGAUUCAUCGUUUAGAGAAGGCUGGAAAUUUGAAAGAUGCGUCAUCGCUCAUAUUGCAACAUGUGCUUUUCAGUUCUUUGUGGGGUUGUUCAAAAAAAGGUUGGCCACUUCAGUUAUUUAAGAGAAAGGAGAAACUUCUAACCAGAGCAAAGAUAUUGGCAAUGAAUGAGUCAGACAGCUUCUAUGAUUAUGUUACUACUGAAGCCAAUAUCUUAUCAAAUCAGCCAAGAACACUGUUCGAGAUGGAGCAGAAUUGGAGUUCCUCCCACAGGCAUGGAAAUCUCAGAGGUGAAAUUCUGUCUGCUUGGAAAAUCCUUGAUGCUCAUCUUUCUUCCGGCACCUCCAAAUACAUAUGGGAAAAUAAAAUAGUGACAAAUUUAAGAGAACAUGUGGAGCAAACAAUUUCCCUUAACCGGGUUUCAGUUCAGACACUGGUUUACUUUUGGAACUUCUGGAAAGAAAAUGUGAUGAGCAUAUUAGAGUAUCUGCAACUUCCUGAAAGCCAAAUCAACAGUGAUUAUGCAAGCUAUGAACAAUUCUGUCUAGAUUACUUGGGUGUAAGGAAGCAGUUAAAUUAUGGGAACAGUAUUUACCAUUUAGUUGACCCUGAAGCUGAAUGGGCUAGGACAGUAUCUUUUGAAGGCAACGAAAAUUUUGUUACCAUCAAUUCUCGAGAGUUUGUUGCAGCUGCACGGAGUUAUUGGUUAUCAGAAAUAUCUUCUGUUGGGUUGAAGAUUUUAUCCAAAUUAAAAAAUCUCCAUAUGCUCUCUGUCAAUAGCUCUCUCUCAUUUUAUUUUCAAGCUUUCACUGCCGUUCAUCUUUUUCAAAUGGCUAAGUUCCUCACAGAAGACGAUUAUAUCAAGUCAUCCAUUGACUACAAAAACCAGACAACAAUUUUUGACUCAGGGUAUCUUUCCAUCCAGUUUUUAAGACUGCACCAGACUCCAAAUGUAGAUCUGGCCAAUGAGAUUGAAGCUGUACAUGACGACUCUCAAUCUUAUCUCGUGAGUUGUGCGCGCCACUUCCAUAAAAUACAAGAUAGCAUCACGAUGUUAAAGUUUGUCAGGGACUUUUAUUCUAUGGAUUUCAAACGUUCAUUCUUGAAGUCUUUCAACUACUUCAAUGAACUCUUGUCCCUAGAAAUGGAAGCAGGAAACUUUUCAGAGGCGUUGGCUAUUGCAGUGUCACAAGGCAACCUUCUUCUUGAAAUUGAUUUGCUAGAGAAGACAGGAAACUAUAAAGAGGCAUCCUUGCUUUUUUUCUUAUAUAUAUAUGCAAACUCAUUGUGGACUUCUGGAAGCAAAGGUUGGCCAUUAAAGGAGUUCAAGCACAAGCAGAAAUUAUUAGAGAAAACGAUGUCCAUUGCAAAACGUGAUUCAGAAUCAUUUUAUGACAUGAUUUCUGUAGAGGCUAAUAUCUUAUCAGAGAAAGUAAGUGGUUUGGAUGAGAUGGAACAGAGUCUAACUGCUUCUAAGGGCCAUAAAAAUUUCAGAGGUUUAAUUCUUUCUGUUUGGAAGAUUUUAGAUGCUCAUCUUAAACUAGGUGUGUCAAAUUACAUGUGGGAAAAUGUGACAGAAGAUGAUCUAGAAAUGCAUUCAAAAGAAUCAAUCUCCAAAAAUCAGGUGUCUUUUGGAACACUGUUUUAUUUCUGGAAUCUAUGGAAGGAUAGUGUCAAUGCCGUACUUGAUCAUCUAUGCUCUAUUGACAUUGAAGAUGUUCAUGGUUACUGUGAGAGUCAACAGGAUUUUUGUUUGUUUCACUUUGGUGUAAGGAGGCAAUACAGUAAUCAUGAAACACUGUACUUUUUGCUUAAUCCUGAUGCUGAUUGGGCAACAGAAGUGGUCAAUGGAUCCCUGCACAGGAAUGGUGGCUUAAUCGGCCUUGCUGCAUGCCAGUUUACAUCUGCUGGCUGGAGAUAUUGGAGUUCAGAAGUGCUUUCGGUUGGAAUAAAGGUCUUGGAAAAAUUAAAGGCCCUUUAUUCAUUCUCUGCCACUGCCUCUAAUGCCUCUGAAUUAUGUCAAAGUAUGAUAGCCAUUAAUUUCUGUGAAGUUGAGAAUUUUCUCAAGAAUUCCCAGUUUCUAAAAUUUGCAACCGGAACAUUGUUGCAAAAUUUUACCAGUGUUAGGCUGCAGUUCGUCUUGUGCUGCAAAGAUCAUCUGGGCCAAGGUAGUUUAGUAGGUAAUAUUCAUGAUUUGGAAGAUUUGAAGUUUACUUUUUUAAGAAAAUGUGCACUUCACUAUCAUAGGCUUCAAGACACGAGAACUAUGAUGAAAUUUGUUAAAACCUUUCAUUCCAUGGAUUCCCAACGUUUAUUUUUGAAAUCUGUGGCCUGCUUUGAUGAGCUGAUAUCACUGGAAGUAGUAUCAGGAAAUUUUAUGGAGGCUGCUGUUAUUGCAAGGCAGAAAGGGGAUCUUCUCCUCGAAGUUGAUUUGUUAGAGAAGGCUGGCCAACUUGAAGAAGCUGUGAAACUGAUUCUUUUCUAUGUUCUAGCCAACUCUCUAUGGACAACCCAAAGCAAAGGAUGGCCCUUGAAGCAGUUUAAACAAAAGGAGAAACUUCUAUCAAAAGCAAAAUCAAUUGCAAAACUCAAUUCUGAUAUGUUCCACAGAAAUGUUUGUUUAGAGACUGAUAUACUAUCUGAUGGAAUAUAUAGCUUGUUAGACAUAAAACAUCACUUGAGCAGUUCCCGGGAAAAUAAGAACAUCUGUGGUGAGAUAUUAUCAGCUCGACGCAUUCUUGAUGCUCACCUUUGUUCAAACACGUCCUCAUAUGACUUGGAAGAUGUCGUAGUGAGUGAUCCCUUGAGACAUGCAGAGAAUAAAAUCUCUCAGAGCCAGGUUUCCAUUGAAACCCUUUCCUACUUUUGGAACCUCUGGAAGGAUCAUAUCUUAGGCGUCAUUAAAUAUCUCGAGUCACUUGGUACCAAGAAUGUUGAUGACUUCAUAAUUUAUGAGGGGUUCUGUUUGAAAUACUUGGGCGUGAGGAAGCAGUUUGACGAUCAGAAGAACACUUACCAGUUAUUUACUGAUGCUGAUUGGAUGAUGCAUAUUAGCCAUCACUCUGUUCAGAGAGAUGGAAAGCUGAUGAGCAUGGAUGUUCAACAGUUCGCUCUUGCUGCUAGAAGUUAUUGGAACACAGAGUUGCUUUCUAUUGGUAUGAAAGUUUUGGAAUGUUUCAGCAACAGCUACAGGUUCUCUGUCAUUCAUUCCUUAUCUAAAUUUCGUCGAAGUUCUAUUGCCAUUGGUGUCUUUGAGAUUGCAAAUUUUCUGUUGUCAUACAACCUUGCCAAAUUGCCUGAUGAUGACAAGAAGCUGCAUGAUUAUCUUGAAUCAUAUGCUGAUCAUUUCUUUGAUAAUGUGUUUGGUCUUUGUUGGACUGAACCAAUGACUGAAAAUUUGAUUACUUUAAGAGAAACUGAGCUUUCUUGUAGUGUCACUGAAGCAGUCAUAUUGAAAAUAAUUGGUUCAAAGAGUCAAUUAUCAUAUGAACAAAUUGGAAAGGUCGUGAUGGCACUCUUGGGUUCUGGGAAGCUAACUUCUGGAGUGUAUGAUAAGAUUGCUAGAAAAUGCAGUAUGAAGUUACAGUGGAAGGCAGUAAUUGAUGCAUUCAAUUCACAAACUUCAGAAAGUUCAGUGGCUGGAAAAGUUGUUGAGGCUUCUGGAGAAGGUGGUCUGAUCAACCAGUUGCACGAGGCUUUGAUGCUUACUUUUGUUAACUGGAAGAAAGAGUUCGAUUAUAUGUCACCUGAUUGUUUCUUGUAUAUAGUCGAGCGUCAAUUUAUUUUGAUAUCGAUGACUCAAGGAUGCUUCUAUGCCACUCGAUCUUCAUUCAUUGAGUGGCUUGUCUGCGAGGAGUGGUCUGGCAGACAAGCACAAAGCAUGGUGAAUACUGAAAUAUCUUCUGAACACUUGUUUGACUCUAUAGCAAAAAUGGUUCAUGAGCUUCUCUUCAAUAACUGUGGUGCAAGGGAAUGGAUAAAGAGAUCCAACAUCAACUCAAAAGAAUACUAUCCCAUUUUUCUGUUGCGACUUGUCAUCAUUAUGUGUUUACUUUCUGCCAAUUUGGGGAAGUAUUAUAACAUGCUGUAUGAUUUUAUUCGCAAACCUGAUAUGCAUUCACAAUUACCUGAAGCCUUCUCUAAGCUCUUUAUGCAAAGAAAGAAGCAGAACCUUCAUUUCCUGAAUUAUAUGGCAGAAGCAGCUUGGAAGAUUAGGAAUCCUCUAGUCAAAGUAUGUUUUAAAGGUGUAUGCAACAAACCUGUAGCUCCAGCAGCCAUUUCCCUUAGAAUGAAGAAAAUUGGCAAGAAGGAUGAUAUAUGGAAACUUCUUUUUGCAAAGAACCUCAUGGAUGAUCACAAUUGUGGAUCUAUUUCUCCUUCUGGCAGCAAGAAAGCUGAGCCUAUCGAUGGUUCAACUCUAUUGAACGCUAAAACCUCACAAGUUCUGCAUAAUGCUAAUGAGGAUGAAAACAGAGAUGCAGUAGAAGUUAUGAUCAAAACAAACUCGAACACAAUUUCUGAUUCGAUUAAAUCAGAAAAACAUACUCAGGUGGUAAAUCCAAAGAGCAGGAAGUCUAAUGCCUUAAAGAAGAUGAAGUUGAAGAAAAGAGUUCAUUGUAUAAAUACUUCUGUGCCCAAAUCUAGUCAGAAAGGCUCUUUUGACAGAGAGACCGAACUUUUUCGAGUGAAAAGCAUACUUGAUGAACUGAAGAUGUCUCCUGCAGUUCGUAUGAGUGAUCCUAAACUUGUUACAUCUAUUGAAAGACUUUCAAGAAAGUUGGAGUGCGGAAAACGAGAGAAAAACACUUGGAACAUGGAUGGAAAUACAAGCCAGAGCGCCAAGCUUUCAUCUGCUUCCAGAAGGGAGAGAGCAAGAGAAAGGAAGCGCAAAGAGAGUGACAAGAUGAGUGUUGAAAAUAAGAUGCUGACAGCCAAAGGAUCUUCACAAGUGUUUAAUUUUCAGCCUAAGAUCGAGCUGGAAACAACAUCUCAUACGAAGACUAAGGAUAAGAAGAUAAUUGCUCAAGGGUCUUCACAAUUGUUGCAGUUUCAACCUAAGCUCAAGACGGUGUACAAGGAAACCACAUCUCAAAAUGGUAUGAAAACCGAGGAUAUGAUGAAAGUCGCCCAUGUCAUGUCACCUGCUGAAGGAUCUUCUCCAGGGUUGAAGUUCCAACCUAAGCUCGAGUUGGUUAGGAAGGAACCAACAUCCCAAAAUGAUCCAAAGACCAAAGAUAAGAUGAAAGUUGCUGAGCACAUGUUAACAGCUGAAGGGGCUUCACAAGGCUUGAAGUUUCAACCUAAGCUCGAGUUGGUAAAGAAGGAACCAACAUCCCAAAGUGAUACAAAGACAAAGCAUAAGAUGAAAGUGGCCGAUAACAUGUCAACAGCUAAAGGAUCUUCACAAGGAUUGCAGUUUCAACCAAAGAAUGAGGCAGUGUGCAAGGAGAAAGCAUCACAAAACAAUUCGAAGACGGGGGAUAAGAUGAAAGUUGCAUAUGUCCAUGGCAUGUCAACAGCUAAAGGCUCUUCAAACAAGUUACAAUUUAAGCCAAAGGUUGUGUCUGCCAAAAAGGAAAUUGCAACCCAGAAUGAUGUGAAGACUGAGGACACGAAGAACGUUGUCAACAAAGCAGAGUCCGGACAAAAGUUGAAAGGCAAGCAGAAUCUCAAAUAUGUACAAAAAGAAACAACAAGCUUGAGUGAUUCGAAGGUGAAGGAGGAUAAGAUGAAAUUCUUCAAUAACUUGUAAGAAGCUAAAGAGUCAUCACAGCCGUUGCAACUUGAACAGAAAAAGUUAAAACAAAGGGAUAUCAAAGCUGAGAAGGGUAAAUAGAGUGGCAAGAUCACAAGUCCAUAGCCAAAGCACACUGAGACUAACAGAAAAUGGUAUGAAAUUUGAACAUUGAAGAGCCCUUAAAAGACGAGUCUUUUCAAGUGCACAAUCUUACAAAACUACAAGUCAAGUCUUAGCAAGGAAGAUUUUGGGCUCCAACGACAAUCGGUACUUAUUCUUAUUCCGUUUCUUAUUCUUGUAUAUAUAUACACCCGGGUACAUGUGUGAGAACUUUGAUUCUAUAAUAUAUAUAAUGCAUAUAGAUCAAAUGGCUUUGAUAUUGGCGAAGUAAACUCUUUACUAUU